CGUCCAGAGGCCUCGCCACGUAUAAAACACCACGGGCCACGCUCUCUGCGGCAGAGCAGGGAUGGGCUCGAAGCAGCAGCCCGCGCUCCGGCCGAACGCCGCCGAGAGAGGCUGCGGCGGCGACGGCAGGGCGGCGUCGCUGAGCGAGCGGUCGAGCCUCACGAACGCGUCCUUCAGGGUGUACUACAGCCUGCGCGCCGGCGCCGUGCCGUUCCUGUGGGAGUCCGCGCCCGGCACGCCAAAGAGGGACGCGGAGUCGCCCAUCCGUGGGGCGGCGAUGCUGCUUCCUCCCCUCUCACCGCCGCCGUCGUACCAGUCGCCGUUCCAGCGGAAGGGGAGGAGGUCGUCCUGGACGGCGGCGGCGGGUGGCAUCAUGAGGGCGCUGCUCGGCGUGCUUGGGCUCAGGAAAAGCCACCGCCGGCGUCCCGCUCCCGCCUAGUGGUGUUUUUGAACUGCCGACGUUGCAACUUGUGUGUUGUAGACUUGUAUAGUAGGUACAUGCUGGCGUCAUCGUUAAACAACACGGGCGAAUCGAUUAAUUAUGA